AUGCCAGGCCUUUCGCAAAAACGAGUUCGUGACGGUAGCAGAUGUGGCUCGCCGCCGAAACGGCUCAAGGUCGGAUCUGUCUCGGAUGGGAACAGCCUGGUGGCAGCCCACAGUGAUGGCGAGAAACUCCUUGCGGAAACACACCUUAACACUGCCUCUCGUCAAACAAGCCCAGCGACUUCCACUUCAUCGUCAGCUUCCACGUUAUCGGGAUCCUCGUCCCGGCCGCCAUCCAGCGGCGAGGAUGAGGACGAGCCUAAUCCGGUCUCUUUUGACCACGACACGUCUCAAUCAUCAUCUAGCGAGAGUGAUGAUGAGCCUAUAAUAGUCACGGGCCGCAAACCUUCCAUGUAUCAGAUGCCUACCUCCGAUCUAUCCUCUCGUCUAGCCGCGUUCCUCCCUGCGUUCAAAGCUGCGAACGACCAUCUCGAGAAGGACAUUGCGUCGGGGAAAGUAAUCAGUGUUGAAAUCCCUGACGGUAACGAAGGCGCGGGGGAGGGAGGACAUGAGGAACAGGAAAACCCCAACCAGUAUAUUGAGAUGGUUUGUAUCACUCUUUGUUUCUUCGCACAAAAAGCGAACCUCGGCCUUGGAGUCCUCGAAGAGAACCCAGAUAACCAAUCUGAAACAAGUGGUGAUCACGAUAGCCAUGAUGAAGGCAAUCAGCAGUCUUGCAAAAAUGCAAAUAUCUUGGAUAAAUUAAUGGGAAACCAGAUGGCGUCAAAAAGGCCAACGAUAGAAGAGGUGGAUCGCUGA